AUGUUUGCACUGCAAAGCCCCCCCGUCCGGAAAGGCACCAAGAGUUGCAGAGAGUGCAGGAGGCGAAAAGUCCGGUGUGUCCGAAUCCCCGAGGACUCACCAACCUGCCGACAAUGCGUAGAGCGGAACACUUCGUGCCUGGCUCAAACAUCGAGUGGUCGCACACGGCAGCUGCAUCGCCUACCCUCAGGAUACCGCCUCACGCGGCUUGAGUCUCAGGUCAAUCGGCUGACCAAGAAUAUUAACGACAUUCAGGUGAAACUCGGGGGCGAGCCUAUUCUCCAACUUGAGCAGGAACUCGAUCAAUCGCUUGUCAGCGACGGUUCUGAUGCCGAAUCCACCAGCUCAGCGGGCUUUAUCGCGGAGGAGUCCUCUCAACUGCACUCGCUUUUCCACAAUGACAUUCUCAGCUUUGACAUUAGCCAGAAACAUGAGCACAUUCUAGAACGACGGACGAGAGCCUCGGCUUCGUUGCGCGAACGUGCGCGACCGGCACUUCAGCGAUUAAUCCCAUCCAAGGAAGAAACUGCAAAUAUGUUGGUAAUUACCUUUGACUGGCUGCAGAUGCUGGCCUCCCUGCUACCGCAACCUUCAUCGCCAGAAUCUCAUCACGCCUUGCUAGCAAGAUAUGAUGAGAUGUGCCAGCCAGAUGUCGAUGCUGUUGACCUGGCUUCUUGGCUUUUGGCUGUGGCUAUCACAGCUCAGCAAAUCCCACAAGAAAGGAACGGCUCAGAGUCACCAUCCCUUGACUCUAAAAAACGCAUGGCCUUCUCUCGUGCCGUGUCGGAGGCCGUUGAGAGUCUGGUACUCAGCCACGACCGGUUGGUUGGCACCAUUCCUGGCCUUGGGCUAGGCCUCCAUUUUGUUCGUCUCCUGAUGGGCCGCGGAGACUUUCAGCAGGCCUGGCUGAAGCUGCGGCAUUUUAUCGCACUCGCCGAGCUAAUGGGCUUACCGAAGGCUGCACAAUCGGGCUUGAACGAAGAAUCGGCGAGAAAGGCACAGGCAUGGACGCUUAUGUGCACUAUUGACCGCAUGGUGUGCAUGUUUAUCAAUCUCCCUGCUUAUACAAGACGGUCUCCGAACAUGGCACCCCUUCCUAUAAUGGUGGACGGUGUCGUUCAACCUUCUGUUUACCUCAGUCGGCUUAUGGAUAUUGCCCCCGAAGCCUUCGGCCUCGAUGAUCUAAGCGGAACGCAGGAUUCGAAAGCAGCUUCAUACACAGCUGUAUUAGAAGUCGCCCGUGAAGCGAGGUCAUUGGCUGGCGAGGCACCCAAGUCUUGGUGGGCCUUUCACAUGGACCAAGAUCUAAAACCAGAUCACAUAGUUCAGUUUGUCCACUACUGUUUACUCAUGAAAGCACACCUUCCUAUUGUUCUCCGGCAAAAAGGAAGCGAAGACUAUGGAUACGACCACCUGGGUUGCAUUGACGCCUGUCAAUCUGUCGCUCAACGCUAUCAAUUUAUUCGCCGGAAACUUCCUCCUGGGUUCUUCAGUCUCAACGUACUCGAUCUGCAAGCCUUUACAGCCGUAAUACUACUACUUCUCAUGCCUUACAGUUCUACUCUAACCGAUUUGCACAUCUUUCAGAUCGAUAAAUCUGGCAUAGAGUGUGUCGUGGCCCAGGUUCUCCAGCUUAUGGAAGAAAAGUCGGACAAGGGUGUUGGUUCAGACUUUGCGCGGCGUGGCGCUCAUACAAUUCGCUCCCUCCGCGACCUUCUCCAACAGGAUGAGGAUCCUGGCAACUCUGUAAAUGAAAUCACUGCCAACGUCCCACUCAUAGGUACAAUUCGCGUUCGCCGCAAUAGGAAAGCAUCACCCAAUCUCAACAACCACAGCCAGGUAUCAUCCAAUCAAGGUCCACAGGCUGCUCAAUGGGACCUCCAGGAGCAGGCAGGCUACAGUUCGGAGCUUAAUACAGGGAUUAGCCUCCAAAACUCUGCCAUCGAAAGUUUCAUGGCGCCAGAGUUUCAGUGGGACCAGUUGUUAUGGUCCAUAGAGGACUCAAAUAACUGUAUGUUAUAUAAUUAUAGUAUCAUAGAUGAACUCAACUAA